GUUUUCAACUGUAGAUCCUUUAGAAACCUAGGACUAAGCAGAAUCUUUUGAACAUGAUUCAGUUACUGGAAAAGUAGAAAGUAAAAGAACACAACAACAACGUUGUUCGUAGUAUACAUGCAAAUGCAUGAUUGAUUCAUGAGCAUCCUCAUCCACCAACAAAAACAGAACCCUAAAUUUCUCGAUCAAACCACAACACAACCAUGGAAUUCUCGUUUAGCAGAGUUAGCAAAACAGCACCAAUACCCACAAGCACUCUCUCUCUACCGCCACAUGCUUCGUUCUUCCUUCUUUCCGAACACAUUCACCUUCCCUUUUCUCCUCAAAUCCUGUGCCCUUCUUUCAAUACCCAUCACCGGUUCCCAGCUCCAUGCUCAUGUCAUUCGAACCGGGUGUCACCCUGACCCAUAUACCCGAACUUCCCUCAUCACUAUGUACUCUAAAUGCCAUCUUCCCAAUAAUGCACGAAAGGUGUUUGAUGAAAAUCCCCACUGGGAAAACCCCACCAUUUGUUUCAAUGCAAUGAUAUCUGGGUAUUCCUUCAAUUCAAGGAUCUUUGAUGCUGUCUUGUUGUUUAGGAGGAUGAGGGAAAUGGGGCUGAAUGCAAACUCUGUUACCAUGUUGGGUUUGGUCUCUGGGUGUGUUGUUCCGGGUCACUUGAGUGUUGGUGUUUAUCUUCAUGGUCUUGGUGUUAGGUUGGGUUUGGAUGGUGAUUUGACUGUGGGGAACUGUUUGAUCACUAUGUAUGUGAAGUGCGGGGAGGUGGAGAAUGCGCGCAGGGUGUUUGAUGGUAUGCCUGCAAGGGAUUUGAUCUCUUGGAAUGCGAUGAUUUCUGGGUAUGCGCAGAAUGGGCAUGCUAGGCGUGUUUUGGAGCUUUAUCGUGAGAUGAAGUUGAGUAAGGUGACUCCUGAUCCUGUUACCCUUCUUGGGGUCUUGUCAUCGUGUGCUAACCUUGGUGCGCAAGGAAUUGGUCGCGAAGUGGAGAGGGAGAUUGGGGUAUUGGGGUUCAGUUCUAAUCCAUUUUUGACUAAUGCACUAAUCAACAUGUAUGCUAGGUGUGGGAAUUUGGCACGCGCACAUGUGGUCUUUGAUUCUAUGGCUGAGAAGAGCGUUAUUUCUUGGACGGCUAUAAUUGGCGGGUAUGGGAUCCACGGACAUGGCGAGGUUGCUGUUGAUUUAUUCAAUGAGAUGGUUGAGUCUGGCAUCAGACCAGAUGAGACUGUUUUCGUGAGUGUUCUCUCCGCAUGUAGUCAUGCAGGUUUGACUGAUAAGGGCUUGGAAUAUUUUGAUGCAAUGGAGACGAAGUAUGGUUUGCGGCAGGGUCCUGAACACUACUCUUGUGUGGUGGAUCUCUUAGGCCGAGCAGGUAGACUGAAAGAAGCUAUGGAUCUCAUAGAGUCAAUGAAAGUUAAACCUGAUGGUGCUGUUUGGGGAGCCCUUCUCGGCGCAUGCAAGAUUCAUAAGAAUGUUGAGCUAGCAGAAUUGGCCUUUCAACAUGUCAUUGAACUUGAACCAACAAACAUCGGUUACUAUGUUCUGUUGUCAAAUAUAUACUCUGAUGUUGAGAACUUAGAGGGGGUUCUGAAAGUUCGAGUAAUGAUGAGGGGGCGAAAGCUUAGAAAGGAGCCAGGAUACAGUUAUGUAGAAUAUAAAGGAAAAGUGCACCUUUUUUACUCAGGAGAUAGAAGUCAUCCUCAAAUUGAAGAAAUAUAUAGAAUGUUGGAUAAAUUGGAGAAUCUUGUGAAGGAGAUUCAUUUGGCAAUUGCGUUCGCUCUCUUGCACACCAAGUCUGGGACUGAGAUUACUGUGAUGAAAAACCUUAGGGUAUGUGUAGAUUGUCACUUGUUCAUUAAGCUGGUUAGCAAGAUUGUCAAUCGCCAAUUUGUUGUUAGAGAUGCCACUCGUUUUCAUCAUUUCAGAGAUGGGGCGUGUUCUUGCAAGGACUACUGGUAAAACUAAUGUAGUGCAGUUUCGGGGACGUUCGCGUUUGAUAGAACACAAACAUUGUUUUGUAUUUUCAGCUGAUUCCACCUUACCAGUUACAAAGAUUAGAUUUUAUUGUUGUUAUUGGUGACUAUGGAGAAUACAACAAUUUUUUGGGAAAUUUUCAUGGUCAACUCCUUCAAAAGUGACAAGGAAACACCCCACUUGGGAAGGAAGACUGCAAUUGCAAAGUGCAAUUUCUACUGAAAUGUGUAUAGCAUCUAUCAAAUGUCAUUUAGGGGGAAAAGAACUACUGAGAGGGUAACCAACUUUUCAAGGCUUAACACUUCUUCUGAACUUGUGUCUGUAUAAAUUAUUAAUUUAUUCAAAUAAUGUAUUUUUUUCAUAGACCUUUUUUGUUUUGUUUGUUUUGUCCAUUAAUUCCAAAAUUCUAAAGGAAGGCAAAAUUUAAAGCCA